AUGGAGGAAUAUGAAGAAACAAAUAUUACAAAAAAGUUCAGCACUAGAAAUUACAUCCAAAAGAACUGGGUGGCUCUGCUGAUCAUGCUGGCCAUCGUGGUCACCGUGACGGGAAAUAUUCUGGUCAUCAUGGCUGUAAGUCUGGAGAGAAAGCUGCAGAACGCAACAAACUACUUCCUGAUGUCACUGGCUAUUACGGACAUGCUGCUGGGUCUGCUGGUCAUGCCUGUCGCCAUGGUGACCAUACUAUACAAUUACACUUGGCCCUUUCCAUUAGAGCUGUGUCCAAUCUGGAUCUUUUUGGAUGUGCUCUUCUCCACGGCCUCCAUCAUGCAUUUAUGUGCUAUCUCUCUGGACCGCUACAUUGCCAUCCACAAUCCUAUUCAGCACACCCGUGCCAACUCCCAGGCCAGAGCACGGGUCAAAAUCAUAGCUGCAUGGACCAUCUCUGUGGGAAUCUCCAUGCCUGUACCAGUCAUUGGCCUUCAUGAUCGCUCCAAAGUCUUUAAAGACUGCAGCUGCCACUUGACAGAUAACAACUUUGUCCUGAUUGGCUCCUUUGUGGCAUUCUUUAUUCCACUAGUCAUCAUGGUGGUUACAUACUUCCUGACCAUCAGUGCCCUGCAGAGUCAGGCCACACCAUGUCUGGACCAAUUUGUAAAAUGUAACAAGUGGCUACCCCUGCUAAUUCCUCGGGGCUCGCUUUCCUCAGAGCGGCUGUUCUCACGGAACUCAUUUUGUCCUGAAACCAUCGUCCCGACCUCCCAGACCUUCAUCCGCCACUCUGCGCAGUCGCUAAGCAAUGAGCAGAAAGCAUCUAAAGUCCUUGGCGUGGUCUUUUUCCUGUUCGUGGUUAUGUGGUGUCCCUUCUUCAUUACCAACGUUUUGGAAGUGACUUGCAGCUCCUCGACGUGCAACCCAACACUCAUGGCUGGAUUGCUUAAGGUGUUCGUUUGGGUGGGGUACUUAUCGUCUGCUGUCAACCCACUCGUCUACACUUUAUUUAACAAGAAAUAUAGGACAGCGUUUGCCCGCUACAUGCGCUGUCAGUACCGUGAGCCAAGCAGGCCACUGCAGGUCAUCCUGGUCAACACGAUCCCUCCUUUGGCUUUUCAGUCAUCCAAGUUUUCCCUUCAGGAGGAGAUAUCUUUAAGACAGUCAACAGAGGAAAGUGGAUUUAAAGAAUUUCCUUCUCUAAACCAGGAAGAAUCUUUGAGUACACGAUACCAUCACGGACUGGAUGAGAUGGUGAGUCAUGUAUGAAACCUUGUGGAGACUUGCUCAGGCAAAAUUCAAUUACUGUGUAACAGUGCUACAGAU